AUGGAUCCUAAUACAUCAUCAACAGAAAUUCUUUCUUCGCCAACACUUCAUUUAACAACAUCAAGAAAUACAUCAACAAUACCAAAAUCAAUUAAUUUACAACAACAAUCUUCACCAAAUUCUCAUAUUCUAAAACCUCUCAAAGGUCAUAUAAAUACAUCAAAUGGAAAAAACCGUUCACCAUGUGCACCUAAUCAACCAUCGGAAGCCCUAUGCCAUUUUAUGUUUGAAUUAGCUAAAACGCUUGUACAACGCGCUGGUGGUACAACAUCAACAUCACUUUUUGUUGGUCCAACACAUAAUUAUCCACCACCACAUAGAAAUUUACAUUUAUGUGCAAUAACAAUAGCACUUUAUGCACUUGGUGUUAAUAAUCAUGUUCAAACAAAUUGGAUGAUUCGUACAUAUUCAAGUCUUGUAUCAUGGAUAACAUCGACAGCUAUUGAUAUUGGCUUACAAGCUAUAUUAAUAUUAAUUGAAUGUUGGGAAGGACAAUUAACACCGCCUGAAUGUGCUGGUAUAGCUGAUCGUGCAUCACGUUCACGUGAUAAUGCUGUUGUACGUACAGCUGCUGAAUUAGCAUUAUCAACAUUAAAAUAUGCACAUGCAUUAAAUGCAGCUGAAAUACGUCAAGCAUUAGCACAAUGUAAAGAACAAAAUAUUGAUAUGCUUGAACGUGCAUUAACAACAAUUGAAAAUGCAACACGUGAUGGUAAUUUAGUAUUUAUUGAUAUUUUAUUUGAAGUUGCUAAACGUUGGUAUGAAAUGUAUUAUGAACGUACAGGUGAUUCAUUAAAUAGCGAUGAUGAUACAACUGUUGUUGAUAUACGACAAACAUUUGAUAAUAAUCCAAAUGUAACACCAACAAAUCCAAUGGAUUUACAUUGGACACAUACAAAUGGUUCAAAUUCAUCACCAACAACAGCAACAUCAUCAUCACCAAUGAUGUAUACAACUAAUAAUCAAAAUACAAAUUUUUCAACACCAUUUCAACCGCAUCCAUCAACACAUUUUAAUACUCAUGCUUAUAUGAUUCAAGCACAACAUGGACCACCGCCACCACCACCACCACCAUCAAUGCAUCAUCAUCAAUUAGGGAAUUUUCAUCAACAAGUACCAUAUCCACAAAUCAUUCCAAUUCAAUAUUCAUCCCAACAACAACAGCAACAACAACAACAUUUUGCUUUUCAUACAGGUCCAACAAAUAAUUUUCAUCCACAUUCACAUCAUCCUCGUCAUCCACCACCACAACAAAUGCCUAAUGCUAUACUUGUUAGUCCAGGAAAUUUUCCUACAGCCUAUACUGUACAUCAUGUAACACCAACAACAAAUCCACAAAUUUAUUCUCCUAAUCAAAAUCAACAACAAUCAUUUUAUCCAAUUAGACAAAUUCCAUUAGUUGUUUCACCACCAACAGAACCAAAUGUUUCACCUCCAGCAACAACAACGACAACACAGCAAACGAAUGUUACUAGUCCAAAUACAACACCAUCAGCUGAACAACAACAGCAACAGCAAACGGAUGCAAAUCAUCGUCAAUAUUUACUUAAUGCAUUUCGUGUUGGUAUGUUAGCAAUGAAUACACUUGCAUUAGAACGAGCUCGUCAAAAUCAUGCACAUAUGGAACGACGUAGUGAACAAAAUCAUCCAACACCACGUUAUGGUGAAGAUGUCAAAUGGCUUCUGAAAAUUGCACUCAAAUUAGGCAAUGCUGAAUUACAAGAAUUUGUUACAACAGCAACAGCUGUUAUUGUUAAUCCAUAUUUAUUACAUAGUCUUGCAUUUAAUAUCUAUAAUGUUUCACAAAAUAAUCCAAAUGGUUCAUCAUCAAAUCAAAUGCUUCGUUUACCUUUUGUACAAUCUUUAAUGCAAAAAUGUUUACAUGCAUAUACACGUUGUGUACAUAAUAAAAUGGCACAUAUGACAACAAAUAAUGAUAUUGAAGAAUUAACAUCAUUAAUGAAACAUGCACGUUCAGCAUUUUUAUUUAUGGGUAAUACAAGUGAUUAUCAAGGUUUAAUGAAUUUUGUUAAAACAUCCAAAAAAUGCAAAAAAGAUGUUUAUCCAAGACUUUGGCAAGCAAUUCAAAAUUAG